AUGUUCUUCUUCUUCACCUGCGGAACACACACCUUCACCUCCCCUCUCAAAGGCGCAGAGAAUGUCAUUGCGCAAUGCCAAAACUGCGGCAACGGUCAUCGAACAGCCGUUAUGAAGCGCUGGGAGUGGUUUACCUUCUGCUUCAUCCCCGUUAUCCCCUUCUCGCUUAAACCAUACAAGGAGGUCGGCUGCGGUAUUUGCCACUUUUGGCAAGACAUAAAGUAUCGCCCAGAUGUGUUGCAGCAGAUGGAGCAGGGCUAUGGGGGCCAGGGUCAAGGCGGGCCGGCGAUUAUGAUGGGUGGGAAUGGUGGGGGGCAGGGACCUCCACCUCAGGGCGUACCGCAGUAUAAGUAA